AUAAUCUAGUCUCUCAUGCAUCUUAUGCAUUCAACAGUUACUAUCAGCAAAAUGGAGCUAAUGAUGUUGCUUGCAGUUUUGGAGGAACAGGAGUCAUCGUCAACAAGGAUCCUAGCUAUGAUGAUUGCCUCUAUAUGACUGUUGGAGGAGUCAACAAAACUGCAGCAAGUAAUACAACAGCAAUUGCUUCAACUUCUUCCUCUACACAGAAUGAAGCAUUCACGUUGAUUUCUAGUUUCUUUUUCGUGACUUUAGUCUCAUUUCUUUUGAUCAUCGGUAAAUUCUAAGGGUUAUGAUUUUAGGAGAGCAGUUGACUAGAGUCCAGCAUGGAUGUAUGAAAGCAGCGCCUCAUGAGAUGAGGAAGAGUCAUCAACUAUAGAAGAAAUUUCUGAAACAGCACGGGGAUGAAUGCAUCUGCCCUCGCAUCGUCUCUUUCGUGCCAUAUCAAUUGUUUGAGAUGCGUUUUGAUCGGAUGAAUUGUGUAUGUUCUUGCAGAUAUGGUUCAUAUGGGUCAAGCCUGUGGCUAUGUAGUGGUUUCUUCGGUAGAAUGUACCAUCCAAUGUAAACCAACUGUGAAAAUAAACUAAAAUUGUGGCA